AUGGCUUCAAGACUCAUAACCGAUGCAUUGAAGCAACGAAUUCGUCGACCAAGUUUGUUUCCAAAACUUACGACCGCCGAAGAACUUAUUAACAGCGGAUUUUUUAAAGAUGGGAUGAGAAUGGGAUGGAAUGGCAUGAUAGCUCGUCGUUAUCCAUAUCAAGUCGGCAAAGAUAUUCAGAAAGAGAUUAACUCGAACCGCACCUUGUUCGCCGACAAACAUCUUUCGGAAUUUCCCCUGGAUCUCGUUUCGGGCUAUUACACACUCGAGAAGAAGGGAAAUGUCAUAGAGAAACUCGACGUGGUAAUCGUAGAGGCGACCGCUAUUACCGAAGAAGGAAACAUAAUCCCCGGUGCAUCGGUUGGUGCCACUCCGGAAAUCGUUCAAUCGGCGGCCAACCUUGUCGUUGAAGUGAACACCUUCCUGCCGAAUUUUGAGGGACUGCACGACAUCACGCUGAGCAAAUUUGCUCCCUACAAGUUUCCAAAUCUGAUUCAGCGAGUUGAUGACAGAGUUGGGACGCCCUAUAUUCCGUGCGACAGCGACAAGAUCGUCGCAAUCAUAGAGUCGACGAGACCAGAUCGCACGUCCGACAGUGAGCAACAGGAUGACUGCUCUCGCGCAAUCGCCAGCAACAUACUUGAAUUCCUAGAGCAUGAGGUUACGAUGGGCCGAUUACCGAAACAACUCUUGCCUUUACAAUCGGGUGUUGGAAAUAUUGCUAACGCUAUUAUAGGCGGUUUGGCUGAUGGCCCGUUCUCUGAUGUCGAAGUGUGGACCGAAGUUAUUCAAGAUACAUUCUUGGAUUUCUGGGAACAUCACAAAUUGGCAUUCGCGUCGGCAACGAGCGUCGCAUUCUCGCCAGUAGGAUUUAAACGAUUUUACGAGAUGUGGGAUGAAUUGAGGGAUCGCUUGGUGCUUAGGAGUCAAAGUGUUAGCAACUCGCCGGAAAUCAUCAGACGUUUGGGUGUGAUCGCAAUGAAUACUCCCGUUGAGCUAGAUAUUUAUGCACACGCGAACUCAACGCACGUGUGUGGGUCCAGAAUGUUGAACGGCAUAGGCGGUUCGAAUGAUUUCCUGAGGAAUGCCAAGCUUAGCAUUAUGCAUACACCCUCCAGCAGGCCUACAAAAAAGGAUCCCACGGGUAUUUCAUGCAUCGUUCCCAUGUGUUCACACAUCGACUCAACCGAGCACGAUCUCGACGUGGUGGUAACCGAAUGCGGCUUGGCUGACUGCAGAGGAAAAGCCCCGGUGGAACGCGCCCGAUUAAUAAUCAACAAUUGUGUUCAUCCCGACUAUCAACCAAUCCUGAGAGACUACUUUGACAUGGCCGAAAAGAAAUGCUUAGCAAUGGGUUCUGCUCAUCAGCCACAGAUGUUGGAUAAGGUGUUUAAGAUGCAUUUGAAUGUGAUGGGCGAGGAGAAUACCAUGAGAAUCAAGAAUUGGGAUUGA